GCGCGCGGCGAGCUCAAGGAGCGACUCCUCAUCACGCGGUCACCGCUGCCAUCGCCCGUGCUGCGCCCGCUCCGCCUCUCGCGCAAGACGGGCUGUCUGUACAACCUCAGCGCGCUGGACGACCAUGCUGGGUUGCCGGCCUCCAAGCCAACCACCAAGAUGACACUCCACGCGGCCAUCUACCCGAGCAUGCUGUGCCCGCGCAGUGAGCCACGGGAGGUGCAGCUGGUUCCAUCCAUGGCCGCACCCGUGGCCGCGAAGACAGGUAUCCUCGUACUACCCGCCACGGCGUGGUGGGCAUCGGCGACCGAAGUGCGCGUCGUUCUUGAAGGCGGCCGCGUCGCGUGGGUACCUGUGACACCCUGCUUCGAACCCAUCGCAGCCGCGCGCACUCGGAACUUUGUGCUCACGCCGCGCACGGUCGUCUGUCGCAUGCCAGGCGGCCGCGCGCUUCAGCUGACGUCGGAACAUGGCGCAAGCGUCCACUUCCGCUGCCCAUCCGCGACGGCCUGCAAGGCGUGGGUCACCGCACUGACGCUUGCGAUCGCGGACGCGUCGCGGAUACAGCACGACCCGAUCGCCUCGGCGCCGAUCCGCAUCCUCCCGAGCAUGCGCAGCCGGUAG